AUGUCCGACGACGAUGAUAUGCCGAUGGCGCCACGGCGCAACGCCACCUACCGCCAGCAUCCGCUCGCUGACGACGAUGAGGAUGAGGGGCAAGCGAUACGACUGCCCGUCUACGUCUCCUCAGAAACGUUCCGCACCAAGCUCUACGCCGUCAGCUACCCGCAGCGCAAGAAAGAACUCUUCACCAAGGCGUUGCGCUCGAAUUGCCGCUUCAAGCGCAACGUAUCGCUGCUUGAAGUUAGGGUGGGCAUCGACCAGAACAGCGCGUCGUACGACAAGACGAAAUGCGUCGGCGACGGCGGCGAUUGUGGCGGAAGUCGCGCAAAACGGGCCGGUCUCCCCUCGGAUAUCGCGCAGGAGGAGGUGUUUGAAGGAAGAGCCCACCCUCCAACAGGGCCGCUGAACUACGCGGUGGGCAAGAUUCACGAGGGGCGCCUCUACCUGACCCCGAUUGACGGACUGCUGCCGCUCACCCGCCCGCUCACCCAUAUGAACAACCGGAGAACGGCCGGCAACGCCGAUAAGGACAUUGACGAGGACCAGUCGGCCACCGAUUCCGAAGCCGAGGGCCAACCCGUGCGCAUUAAAUUUGCUAGGCCCGAAACCGAGCGCCAGAAGAAGCGGCGCGAAGCCUCCGCCUUCCACCGCGAGAAGCAAAUCGCGAGCGACGUGUGGAUGCACCUGGAGCUGUACAACGUCAUCGAGGACGGCCUCGACGAGAAGCUGCACUCCGUCUUCGCCUCGCACAUUGAGCGCAACGGCGCGGCGGCAAACCUGGGCUCCCUCGUCGAACAGCAAGACUUCCGGCAGCUCGUCCUGCAGACCAUCAUCAAGAAGCCGGUGGAGAAGAUUGACCUCAAGAAUUGCCCGGAGACGCAGCUCGUCAUUCAGCGCAUCAAGGAGCUGUUGCCGUUUGAUUUGCAGGUAAAAGCCGUGCUGCUGAAAGCCUUCGUCAUCUCGCACACCACCCUCCGCCAAAUCUUCCCCCCUUUCCCGCUCGAGCGGCUCGUCGACGAGGCGUCCCGGUACGCGCAUCUGAUGCGCGGCAACUGGGUGGUGCACAGCGAGGAGCUGUUCGUCAAGCCGGCCAGCCGUGCCGCCCGCAUCGGCUCGAUCGACGUGGCGCUGGUGAAGCAGCUGCGCGCCGCCCGCGAUUUCGCGCUCGCCAUGAUCGAGUAUGGCCUCACCGUUAGCCGCGACGAUUUGAAGGCGUUUUUCAAGCUCAACGUGCUCGACGUGGACAAGGUCGUCUCGACGUUCGGCGCGCUCGACGUCGACGGGCACACGAUUCGGCUGAAAAUCGGCGACUGCGACGCCGACGAGCUGUUCACCAACGCCCCGUGCGCGCAGCUCGUCUGCCAGCACAAGGACGCGUGGAAUCGACGCUGCGAGCGGCUGCUGAUCGAGUUGACCGGCGGAUCAAGCAAAGAA